AUGACUGAAGGUAAUUACGCUGAAGUUGCCAGUAAUGGCCAAGAGAAGAAAGUAGCCAAGGAGGAAUUGCACUCCUCAUUGGUGACAUACAGCUCUCCAACUUUGCAGCACUUGCAUCGUUACCCAGUGGUUGACAAGCUUAUCAAGCGUGCUGUUAGUGUGCCAGUGGUGAGCAAAGCCAUCGCUGUGUCUUUGCUGGCUGUAACGGGUCUUAAGCACAAAGUUUGGGACUCCGGCAAGUUCCCUGCAGUUGCUAAGCCUGUGGUUUCAAGCAGUUUCAAACUCUUGCACAAAUUUGAUGAAUUAGUGAACCUGUUGGUGUUUAGCGAAGGUAUCGACGCUUUGUUCUACGCUGCCAAGGAACACAAGAAUAGACCUGGUGUGUGGUUAGUAUGGUUCCUACUUGACUAUUUUGCCAAUGUUUUCAACAUAAUCUUAAAAGAGUUUGUGCUGAAACCAUUCAAAUUGGGUAAUGUAGCUAUAAAAGAUGCUUCUGAUGCAACACACAAAGUCACAGAUGUGAAGGAACUGCCUCAUGUUUCUGAGCUAAGCGAUACCACCAAGCGUUUGUCACAAGAUCUACAAAGCAAAGUUUCCGAAUCUUAUAUUCAGCCUACCAAAGAGUCUGCGAUGCAGAAAUAUGACACUUACAUCAAGCCAACUGCUGAGAAGUUGCACAACGUAUAUGCAGGCAAUGCCAAGGAAAAGAUCGAUACUUAUGUUAAGCCAAAGUAUGACUCCUACGUAAAGCCAGGCUACGAUACUGCUAAGGAGACUUAUAAGACUAUUACUGCCACUUACGAGCAGAAGUUGAACAAGACUGAAAGUAUUCCUCGUGCCAUCGUUGACACAGGUUAUGAGGUUGGUGUCACCACUAUAGGAAAAUUGAGAGGAUCUACCCCACCAAAGGAGCAACAACGUCCACAAACUACUGAGGUGUCCUCCUAA